AUGUUUAGUUUUGGAUAUAAAAAUUUAUAUGAUCCUAAACCUAUUAAACCUGGGCCUGGGUAAUAUUCAUUGUUAAUUUAGUGAUUAUGAACUUAGAAAAGAUUUAUCAGUUCAAACAAUUCAAAAUAAAGAAAAAUUUAUUCAUCGUUCAAUUAGCAAUAAAAAAUUAUAAAAUGAUGAUUCUUUUAUUCAUAGACUUAAAAAUCAUAAUGAUUGUUAUGGUGAAUAUUAAUUAAAUGCACAAAGAAAAUUACCAGAAUUAAUAUCUAAGUAACAAAAUAAACACUCUUUUACUACAUCUGAAAGAUCAAAUUGUUUUGUAUUACCUGCAAUUUCAAAAGGUCCUUAAUACUAUGAUGUAUAAGAUAUAAAAAGUGAUCGUUCACUCAAUAUAGGAAAAUAUUCAUCAAGAAAAGAUAUUUUUGAUAUUUAAAAGGAUGGUAUUUCAAAAAAUAAUUGUUCUAAAUUUGACAGAUCUAUAAGUAUAGAAUAGAAAAUGCAUAAGCCUAAAAAUCAUUGGUCUUAAGAUAAACCUAAUCGGAAAUAUGUUGUUUCUUAUUAUUAAAGAGUUAAACCAAUUCCAAAAUUUAGAGAAUACUCAUAUGUAAGUAAAGAUAAAAUUGGUCCAAGUUUGAUUGAUUAUCCAAAAGAUAAAAUAAAAGGUAGAACAUUUAAAAAAGAUUAAAGAUUUAAAAUUGCAAAAAUUAAUAAAGUUGAUAUUCAUUAAGAAUAUUUUAUUUAGAAAUUAGUUAAAAAUAAGGAUUAUGUAUAAUCAGGUGAUAAAGAUUCUAGUUCUUCAGAAGAAUUUAUAAAUCUUAAAAUUUUAGAUUUUACAGAAAAAGUUUUUUUUGAUAAAUAAAUCAGAUUAAAAAAACCCUAAUAAGAUGUAAUGAGAUAGAAAGCACCUGGACCAGGGAAUUAUGAUAUUAAAGUGUAAUCAGGAAAAUAGUAUUCAUUUCCAAAAGGUAAAAGAUAUAAUAAGUUUUUUUGGGAUUUCCUUUGA